AUGUCCUAUCAGUAUCCUAUACCAGCGACACCGAGGGUCAUCUCGCCCUCACCGACCCCAUCCGAAACCUCCGACCGACAAGACUCGUAUUUCGCGCCAGUCACACGAUCUGCCGCCAAAGCACGGCGACAGAGAUCCCCUCAACCCGAACCCAUCCACGAAGAGAAAGAUGGGGCGAGUUCGGACUCCAGCCUUGAAAAGCGUGCGAGGGCGCGGUCGAGAAGCCCUAUAUUGACCGCGGCUACUCAUAUGAACGGUAGCACUAGUAGUACGAGUGGCAGCUCCAGCAAGAGACGGCGGAUGAGUGGACUCACGCCGAAGACUCCUGUCGCAAAGUCGGAGCCGUUACCCAACGGCACUGUUGCUCUUCCUCCGUCCAACGGACAUCUCUCGCCAUACGACAGAGUCAAAAAAUCCUGGCGGGAGUUCUCGAGAUCACCGUCGCCCUUGGGUUUGAUUCCCCUCCAUCGUCACUAUCGCAAUUUGAUCCACAAGCACGAAAUUCCACGGAAGCUCCUCCAUGUCUCCAUCGGCUUCUUCACCCUCCGCUUCUAUACGGGCGGCAUCCAGACUACGGCCAUUACGCCCUGGCUGCUUGGUGCGCUCGCCAUCGUCGCACCAAUCGACGUCCUUCGACACCGUUCUGACCGCUUCAACCGGCUCUACAUCCGGAUGUUAGGCGCUUUGAUGCGCGAGACCGAAGUCGAAGGCUAUAAUGGAGUCAUAUGGUAUCUGCUCGGGGCAUAUAUCGCGCUGAAGUUCUACCCCAAGGACGUCGGUGUCAUGUCCAUUCUGCUACUGUCCUGGUGCGACACCGCGGCCAGCACCUUUGGCCGCAUGUAUGGCCGUUACACCGUCCGACUGCGCCGAGGCAAGUCUCUGGCGGGAUCCAUGGCUGCGUUCGCAACAGGUGCCUUUGUCGCUGCGUUCUUCUGGGGAUACCUGGCUCCCCGUACAGGUCCGUUCCCAGAUGAUCCGGUCGAGGGCUUCAUGUUUCAGGGGCAUCUGUCCUUGCCGACCAGAGUCAAAGAGCUUCUUGGAUGGCAGCCCAGUCAGGGCGUCUUAGGUGGCAACACAGCGCUGGCUAUCAUGAGCGUCUGCACUGGUCUCAUCGCAAGCUUCUCCGAGUUGGUUGACUUGUGGGGAUGGGACGAUAACUUGACGAUUCCUCUUCUUAGCAGUGCCGGCAUAUGGGCAUUUCUGAAACUCUUUGGGUAG